AUGAAUCAGGAGACUGCUGAAAAAACCUUGACAUUCGAGCAGCUUGUUGUUAUCGCUAUUCGCGCUUUCGUCGACUCAACGGCCUGUGGUGCGACGCCAUGUGCUGACGACUGUUUGUGAUAUGGCCAAUAAGUGACAUCAAGUGAGUAUGUGUAUGAUUGGUCCUGGUCGUUGUGAAGAGCAGAUUGCAAGAGGGGGCGAUCCAGAGAUUUGAAUUCAUAUGUUGCGCAAGUCUCCAAAUUAAUACGUACAGGUGCAGGUCACCCUGAAGUCCGGAAGGAAUCCUGCGUGUCAAUCGCAACACCUGAUGUGAAUCUACCUUUCCCUCUAUUGCGUGGUGUCUGCAAUGAGCACCUAAAGAGAAAGGGGACAGCUAUCCACUCAACAGAUCUCGGGGUACAGAAUUAAUUUAGAACCAGAAAGAAGUUGAAGCUCUCCUGUCUGACAUUCAUAGUUUUAUUAAGAUGCACACGGCACUCUCUCUACUGCUUCUAACUACACGUUGGGUCGAACCCGAUCUUCUUAAGCAGUCGGCAAGCUCCAGUCCUUUCGCGCGAAAGCGGGCGUCAUUUGCGAACAGCUUAUACCCUUCUAAGCAAUAGUGGAGGUUCUCCGUGUACCAGUUGUAAAGAAGGAGUUGGCACCAGCACAAGUACUGGUAGUUGUAGCCAUAGAAUUGCAGAGGAAGAAGAGCAAGACCAAAACCCAGAAGCACUAUGUUGUAAAAACGCAGAUUAUGAAGCGGCCGCGGCGGCCCUUGUUCCUCAUCUUGAAGAAGGCAGUGGCAUUGAUCAAAAAGCAGAUAAAGCGGUUCCCCUCCAUAGGCCAGCGCGAGAAGUAUGCUCCAAGGCUCUGCUGAAGACACGACGGGUUCAACCAGAGUUAGUGCGGGAUUCGCGUGAUUGGGCGUUUACUGUAAUCGAAACAGUGCUUGAGACACUGCUUGAGCAUGAGGCAUAUUCGCAAGAAGUAUUAAGGCUACAUGUAUAUUGUAACUAAAAACCUCCGAUGACGAAACAACAAAAUCUAUCUUCCUCAGUACGCGAUCUGUCUUGGUAUUGCUUUCUCCAAGACAUGAUCUUUCGUGGUAUUGCUUUCUAAACAAGAUGCUCAACUAGAGACAUUUCUCCCUAUCAUCAUCAUGACGUCUCAAGCUACUAGCAAGACGAAACAGAUUCAGCGACGACGUUAUCUCUCUAUGGAUCGUUCUAAUACUAGGCACUAUAGUCGGUAAGGAGAUAGUCACAUUCAGCCUGAGGCAGCUGGAUUCACGCAAGGACUCUAGAAGAGUUAAGGUUUUAGAAGAAUUUAGAUUCUAGAAGGGGUAUUAACCCUUUUAGCUCCAUCAAAAAGACAUACUUAGAAAUCGUAGUACUUCUCUUGCAAAAGCUAAGACAAAUCCUUGCUUCAAAACAUCAUGUACUUUUAACGUGUGAGCAUCUGCAUUGCAGAUGUAUUCUUCAGAAUAAAGUAUGUGGUAUGCUAGCCAGGGUUAGACUCCAUGGAAUGGAAUGCUUCCACGACAUUGGCUAUCGAUAAGGUCUACAAAUGAGGUACAACAAGAAGAUUGAAAGGCCUACUUAUCCUUGACAGAUAGUUCAGGACCAAAGGGGACAGGACAUGAUAAAAGGAUAAUUCUUCUCCAUCAUCAUAUGAGAUGGAAUGAGUCCUGUCCUAAGGAUUCUUUCUAAAGCAGCAUCCGACGUUGCAUCUUCGGACAUUGGACUUUGACCGGCUAAGACGAGAGGAGACUUUCACUACGGAUCGAAGAUGUAGUUUUUCCUUCUCCCAUUUAAUAGAGUACGAUCGGAUCUAGGCACGACGACCCUUUUCCCGUUAAAUAAACUGUAUGAGUAGUUAGUGUUGUUGUAAAGUGUUCAUUUAGAGAGUUAUGUGCUCCUCAAGAACGCAAGAUCAGGGACCUCGACGGACAACUUCUUAUACUCUAUUUAAAACUGUAUAGUUGGUGUAGUUAGUUUACAGGGAGGGACCCUGCUGGUCUGCCUCCAGACACAGGGGAGACCGUUCAUACUGCUGCAGAGACGCAUAAGAUGACAAGGAACGGUCGUAGCGACGGGCGGGAUCUUCAGAAUCCAAUACAUAGUACAUGCGAAUAUAAGAAGGAAGCUGAAAACUAGUAAAGCUGAGGUACAGGGCGUUUUUGCGAAGUACUUGUAUUUGCGGCUGUGGGAAAUGCAUCUUGAACCAAGUCAUCCAGACUCAUGUGGAAGAGGAAUGAAAGAAGUAGGAAGUCGAAAGCAACGUACCUUCUGCUCCCUCUGCCGACGUCAAAGCCACGGAAGAGAAGCGCUUCUUCUUAAUAAUCUUGAACUUCGUCAAAUCAGCAGAGAGGGAGCAGUAGGUCCAACCAUAGAGUCUCAGACGUCUAGAUGAAGGCUUCCAGGAUGCAUUUCCUACAAUUAUCCGUCUAAUCGACGGAAAGUAGUCAAUCUCUGCAAAAGUUGUGACCUGAUGUCUGCGAAAAAUCAAGAUAGCUUUUCAUCCAAAUGCACCUUCCGUGACCGAAUUUUGCUACGGACGCUUGAGACUCUAGCGAUCCCACCUGGACCCUGCUCACUCAUAAGUUUGAGUAGUAACGCUUCGUUUUCGUACCAUGUUUCGUCUGUAGUUGUAGAAGUUCAAAUGUUGCGUACUAGGUGAUAUUUGUGCAGGACUAUGAAACAAGAGGUUCCACCAUCUCCCAUAAAACAAAUGAGAAGGUGGACUUGUACUAUGCAUGGAUGUGAGACUGAGUAAUUACUGAAAACUUGUCUGAUAAGUACUGAAAACUUGUCUGAUGAGUGUGUGCUGUCAGGACGGGAGGUCGAAAGAUCUUCAAAAGGAGCAACGCCUUCAAAAGUAGCGGUCUGAUCCGAGCGAGGCGUCGGAGUCUUCGGAGACCACUGGCCGG